AUGGAGAAGGGAACCAAACCUGCAGUCAAGGCUAAAGGUAAAGCCUGCCCAUCCAAGCCUCAUUCUUCCGCUGAGCCGGAGGAGAGCGAUGCUGACGGUGAAGAUCGUGAGGAGCCUGAUGCCGAGGUCUCUGCUUCCGGUUCCGGAGGGGAAGAGGAUUUGAGCGAGGCUGCAAAGAGAGCCCGCUUGAGGAGGCUCUGUGAGAAGAAGGGUUCUGGGAAGUUGAACGUUCCGGAGGAGGUGCAUCUUCUUUGGAAAAAAGGAGGUCACACGAGGGACCAGUUGGCAGAACUCCUCGAAGAAUCCGGAUUUGAAAAGGACGUCUUUGUCAAGAAGGUGCUUCGCAGCAAGGAGAAAGUUGCCCGAGACCUCAAAGGCUUCACGAAGGAAUUGAGGGCUGGGCGUUCCAAAGACAUUCCUGGGGCUGCUGCACCUGAGAGCGAACCGGACAGUUCGGACGACGAGAAGGGUGGUGGUGGUUCUGGAGCGAAAGCCGCGUCAUCCAAGAUUACCGAGUUGAUCGGGUCGAUCGAGAGCCUGGAGAAAGCUAUCGAGAUUCUGAAUGACCAGUACGAAGCUGUGGAGAGCUUGAAGGCCCCAUGCUGCGAUGUCGUAGAGUUUGCCAAGCAGCAGGUGCAAACCAACCCUGAGGCUCCCAGAGUCUUGCGGGAAUUUGCAAAGGUAUCGAUCAACGAUGCAGAGAAAGGAUGUCACCGCAUCUUUGCAAAGUACAACUACAUCCCUCCUGUUGAGAUUGAGUAUACCACCUUGGGGGAAGGAUAUUUGAAGGACUUUCCCUUUAUCCGACUGAGUAGCUGGGUCCAGUGGCUGCUUGAUUCGGGGAGGCUUUGGAGGCACUUUGUCGGCGCGAGAUCGUGGGAGUCCAUGCAGGAGAUAUUGAACACCUUUUGGGGCCGCUACAAUUCUUUGUACCCAGAGCACCAGGUCUUUCAAAUGGGGCUUGACUUGCGGUGUGUCAUACCAUUCUUCUCCCAUCAAGAUGAGGGGCGCACCAAGAAGCAUGAUGGGAUCUGGAUCUUUGCUUCUCAUGGUUGCAUUGGUCGGGGUACGACGGCAUUCCUCAAGAAGGGGAAGGACAGGAUUCCCCUGCAUCGUUCAGGUUUGGGGAUGAAUUUCAUAGGGUGCACGUGGAGCUCUCAUUUUCUGUUCUGUACGAUGGUUCGUACCGUUUUGGAAGAGAACCCAGAGGCGAUGAACGACCUCAUGAAGCUUUAUGCCACUGAUGUUGCUUUGCUUGCCCACUCAGGGAUUGUCUCUGAGGAUGGGACCAAAAAGGUGCACCUGAUCCACUUGGGCAGUCUUGGGGAUUGCCCCGCAUUGGCAAAAAUUGCCGGCGGUGGCAAGUGCCAGGGCUUGCUCAGGCAUUUGUCCGUGGUGCUUGGCAGGUCAGGAGGCCAAUGCACACCAGCGCGCUUAUCCAUUCGAAGACUACUCGAUGCAUCCUUGUUGGCAAGAAACGAUAGAACAAAUUUUGCCAUGGUCUUCAACACCCCCUUGUUGGAAGGCAUUCCAGUCAACCCAAGUCGGCUUGCUCAUUUCUUUGCAACAGACUUAUGGCACAACUUUGGCCUUGGGAUGGGAAAGCAGUGGUUGGGCAGUUGCUUUGUGUCAUUGAUUGAGCGGGGUGACUUUUGGGUCCAAACAUCUGUGGAAACAAAGUUUCAAUUUCUUACAUCGGAGUUCAAGUCCUUUUGCCAGAUGAAGCGGUUGAGCCCACACAUGACGGAGAUUUCUCGGCAGACCAUGGGGUGGCCAAUGAGCAGCAAGACACCUUGUGGUCAGUGGUCGAAAGGUGCAGUUACCACUCAUUUUAUGCUGUUUUUGGAGCAUUUUUGCUCUGUUCAUGCUGCUGACAGCAGUGAUGAAGUCAUCAUGGCAAUUGUCCUUUGA